UUCGUGGCGCGCUGCCAAUUCGUUUGGACCUCUGACUGAUCUGAUCUGCUUGCAUGCAGAUGCGAGAGCGCGCAUGUUACUGUCAUAGGAAAUGUGGUCGGAGAGUGGAACCCACUGGUGGAACCCCACAAGUGGCAAAAAUCUGACUGACUCAAAAGGGACGGAGUGAUAAAAAAAGGAUAUAAGAUACAAACCACUGAACUCGACAAAUGAAUAAACAAGACUCGAUUUCGUAAAUAGCAGUGAUGGAUAGAUAGAUUACAGCCAGCUAGUUAACCAGCUAGCGAACGAUGCGAAUUCGAAAUGUAGCCAGCCAGUUAGCUAGCAAGCUACCCGGCUAGUUUGCUAGUAGGAGAAUAACAUUUUCCAGCUUCCCUGUCUUCACUACCCAUCACAUUUUCUCUUCGCUCUGUUCUUUUCAUUCCGCCUCAUCUGGAGCAGCCGUGGUAUGCUGGUUUGAGCUUGUGAUGGAGGGCCCGAUGGAGUAACAUUCACCGGCUACCGGCCGAAGCAGCACCCUUGUGCAUUUGUGCCUGUGGGCAGUGGCUGCAAGAAACAGUCAUGGCUGAAGUCUCUACCCUUACUCCCUCUCCCCCAGGUUUGGGUGAUGCCCAUAUAAAUUCAUCCUUAUCUAAUUCAUCAGAUCUUCAGCCUCCUCCAGUGACCCCCUCAGACCACCCCAAAUAUACCCCUGUCCCAAAGUCUGGCUUGUAUGGCGACCCUCCAUUGUUGGCAUCCCCUGCAAAUGAAACUGAACUUCAGUCAAAUGGGAAAAGGUUUUCAUCAGUGUCACCUAAUUCUACCCCUCAGGAAUCGGUUUUGGAAGGUUUAGUCACCUCACCCGCUGAAUGCUCUGAAGCACAGAAAGAACAGCCUGUGAGAGAAGACAUGGCUGCAGGAGUGUUGUCACCCUCAGUCCUAGGGCAGGAAGCACAAUGCACACAGGAGGGGGCGUUAGUAAUGACCUUCUGUCAGCCAGAUGGGUCAGCUGCAGAUAGGCAGGGGGUGGGCGAACAGCACAGCCCUUUCCCCAGUGUUAAUCCUCCCCCUAAUCUCUACCCAGAUGUUGAAGUGAACCAGAACUUUUGUCCUAUUGGUCAACCCCAGCCCCUGUGCCCUCCAGCAGCAUCAACAGCUCUCCAUCCCUCCUUGCUCCCCUCAGACAGUACCUCAAAUGCAACUGCAGCCUCAGCAAUUGCAAAAGAUUCCCCAGAAACAAAAUUGGAUGAUAACCUGAAGCAAAACCCUGACUCUCAAAACAAUUCCUCCCCAAAACGGGACCCCCCAAGCAGCCCAAAAAAUCUUGAGCCCCCAGUAACCCCCAAGAUACAGCAUUUUCCCCCAGUUCCAAGCAUCCAGGAGUCUCCUGCAACUCUCUCCUUGCCCAAUCCGCACCAGAAGCCAGCACCGGACACCCUGAGCUACCUUGAGUCCGCCAGCCUAAUGUCAGGGACGCUGGAGUCCCUGUCAGGGCUGGGGGAAGAUUGCAGCUCCCUGGGCUCGGACUCCGAAGUCAGCGGACUUGUGUUCAGGCGAACCGACAAGUAUGGCUUCCUGGGGGGCUCGCAGUACAGCGAGGGCAGUGAAAGAAGUGAUGCCAGAGUGGAUGUUGCAAGACAGAGAGAGAUGAAAUGGCUAGACAUGUUCAACCACUGGGAUAAAUGGGUCUUGCAUCGCUUCCAAAAGGUGAAGUUACGCUGCAGGAAGGGGAUCCCCUCCUCUCUCAGGGCGAAGGCCUGGCAGCUGCUGUCUAACAGCAAGGAGCUCCUAGACUCCAACCCUGGCAAGUUUGAGGAGCUGGAGAGGGAACAGGGAGACCACAAGUGGCUGGACAUAAUAGAGAAGGACCUGCACAGACAGUUCCCCUUCCAUGAGAUGUUUGCUGCUCGCGGUGGCCACGGUCAGCAGGACCUGUAUCGCAUACUGAAGGCCUACACCGUGUACAGACCUGAGGAGGGCUACUGCCAGGCCCAGGCCCCCGUGGCUGCGGUGCUGCUCAUGCACAUGCCCGCAGAGCAAGCCUUCUGGUGUCUGGUACAAAUCUGUGAGAAGUACCUGCCUGGAUACUACAGCGCUGGUCUGGAAGCUAUCCAGCUGGACGGGGAGAUCUUCUUCUCCCUCCUGCGGCGCGUCUGCCCCAUGGCCUACCGCCACCUGAAGAAGUUCAAGAUCGACCCGAUCCUGUACAUGACGGAGUGGUUCAUGUGCAUCUUCUCCCGCAGCCUGCCCUGGGCCUGCGUGCUCCGCGUCUGGGACAUGUUCUUCUGUGAAGGGGUGAAGGUGGUGUUCCGGGUGGGGCUGGUGCUGCUGAAGCAGAUGCUGGGCUCAGUGGAGAAGCUGCGGGAGCUGCAGGGGAUGUACGAGACCAUGGAGCGACUCCGGAACAUUCCGCUGGAAAGCCUGCGGGAGGACCUACUGGUGCAGGAGGUGGUGUCUCUGGGGGUGACGGAGGCCAUUAUCGAGCGGGAGAGCAGCAUCCAGGUGCAGAAGUGGAGGGAGUCCCGGGGGGAGCUCACCCACCAGCCUGGCCGCAGGCUGCACGGUACGCGGGCGAUCCACGAGCUGAAGCUCCGCUCCUCCUCCUCCUCCUCCUCCUCCUUCUCCGUCUCGAGACGGGGCAGCUUCUCUUUUCUGGGGGGCGCUGCCCCGUCUCCAGGGCCCCUCAGGGCUUCCUCCAGCCUCCUCUCGCUCCCGGGCUUCCGUAGGUCCAAGGCGGGCAGCUUCCGAUCGCAGUCCAAGAAGGGCUCUUUCUCCGGCAGCUCCACGUCGGAACCGGCACCGGCGCAGGGUCCGCAGGGUCCGCAGGGGCCACAGGGUCCGCAGGGGCCACAGGGGCCACAGGGGCCACAGGGGCCGGGCUCUGCUGCGAGCUCCGAGUCCUGCUCCGCUCAGGACCCCGCCCCCGGCCCCGCGCCGAGCCCGGCCGCUCCUCCACCGAGGGGCGAGGCCGCUACCUCAGCGCAGGGUCCGAACCCGCCGCGAAACCCGGCUCCAGCCCGCGCCGUCUCCCCCUCCCCCGCCGCCACGCCCAAACCGCGCGAUCCCGGCAAGCCUCCGCCAGCCAGUGCCGCCCCAGGGCCUGCCGUCCGGGCCAGGGAGGUGGGAACAGACAGAGGAGGAGAGGAAGAGGGGAGGAAACAGAAGAAGAGCAAGGAAGAGAAGAAGAAAGAGAAGGAGGAGGAGAAGCGGAGAGCUCGGGAACAAAGGGAGAGAGAGAAGGCGGAAAAGGAGAGGCAGAAGAAGGAGAAGAAGAAGGAGAAAGGAGGGAAGAAAGGUCGAGACGGGGCUGAGACAGAAGGGAAGAGCGGAGCCAAGACUCCAAGAGAUGCUAAUUGAGCUGGCAGCGGAGCAGAGCUCAUCUCCUCAUUGACACACAAUGAGAAGGGAGAAGAAUGAAAGGGCAUUAUAAUGCUGCUUGCACUUCCCAUGAAGGUCAGCAUUCGUAUUGAUUUCACAUACAAGCUAACAUUGGUAACAUUUUAACUUGCGUACCCUUAUAGCCAAUGUCCUAUAUUUACCUCCCCUUUAGAAACGUAUGACCCCACAUUCAGGUGGGUGAGAUUAUUUGUUUAGUCCUUAUUAGCCCUGAAAAAGAACUGACUGAUUUCUUGGCUUGGCUGGUGCUUUUAGCUGCAUGAAGGGCAAGUAUUGUGCAACAGCUGACAGAUUAGACUGAAAGUCUAAAUAGUACACCCAUUUAUGGGAAAUGUUUGGGUACCGUAUGCCCUCUACCCCGUAUUUCAAGCCUGCCCGUAACUAGGUCUUCUAACUGGAAUGCCUUGGCAAUUUCAUAGAAAAGUAUUGCACACAAGCACAUAACCCGAAAUAGUCAUUAAUGAUGAUUAUAGUAUUGGUUGUUUUGAAAGAUGUAUUUAUUUUGUAUUAUGUAUGAGUGUUUAUUAUGUUGUUUGGUUUGACUGUUCUCCACCGUCAUUUUCAGCAUAUUUAUUUGGACAUCCCUGUUUCCUAGCAUUUUCAACAAUGUGUGUGUGUGCGUGUAUAUGUGUGUGUGUGUGUGUGUUACUGUGCGCAGUACACUUUGUUGUUGCAAAAAACCACAUGACUGCGAGACAGAGGUUAUCAAGAGACGGGGUAAAACUGAUUUUCAUAUUGGUGCAGGUACAGAUUCAUUCAGACUGCUGCUAUCCUGAAGCUGUUUCUGAAGUUCAGCAUUGUGUAUUGUGAGCAGACAAUAUACGUUUUUUUUGUUUAACAUUUUGAAGUCCGUUACGGUCACAUUUUUUGCGUGUAUUGUACAUUAAAUGACCAGGGAAAUAAAAGGAUCCCUGGGCUAAAUUUGCAUUAUCACGUCUUACAGAACAAACUGACUAGAAUGACUAGAUUAACAAGCCAGUCUUGCUAACCAAGAUGUCAUAACUCCCCAAUUGUUAAAUGCAGAGCAGCUAAAUUAACAGUGUUGUUACAUGUAUGAUAAUAUGUAUGAAGCAAACAGAUCAAGGAACACAAUGGCAUCUUAUCAGGCUAUGAAGGAUUUCCUUUUUUGUUAUUUAAAAAUUUUAAUAUCUUAAUGUGAUUUUAGCAGGGCUCUUUUUCAGACCAUGAGAAGGCCUGCUGUGUGUCUCUGUCUAUAGUUUCAUGUGGCAUAACCAUGUCAUUGGCACUAGCUGAUCUAAGGUAUUAUGUAUUCAUAUUUUUUAAAAUGUUAUUUAUGUAUACCUGGUUUACUGGAAUAUAUACACGUGCAUACACAAACACACAACACACUAACAAACACAGACACAUUUGUUCAUGGUUUCCCCCCUUUUCUACUGAAUUUGUAAUGCCCUUGCAAACUCUUGCUUCAUUACACAUUGCAGCCCCUGCAGUUGAUUUGUGCUGACUCAAACCCAUCCCCACUAGAGCCAGCACAGUCAGCUCUAUUAUCACCCUGCAGGAUUGUUGGCUGUAGUACAGUGUGGUUUCGACACCAAACCAUGGAGUUCAUCCACGAUGAGUCACCCAGCAGUCCUGAGGUCUUAUAUUUAAUGUAGCAGAACAUAGUCGGCAUGCUUUAGCCCCCACAGCGCCCCAAUAACAAAUUACUCUCUCUUUAUACAAUCCGAAACAGUUCAGCAGCAUUCGUAAUGUAACAAGAUUCUUCGAGAUUCGGGUUCCCUGUCCUUUCCGAGUACAACCAGAAAGGGGCAGCGUCUAUUUUAGUAUACAGCUGUCACUGCUUCUGCAGCUGCAGGACUUGUAAGGAGGUAUGAGAGUGAAUGAUCUCACACUGUGGUGCAGUUGAACCUGGCAUUCAGGGAUAACCUGUCCCAAGUACUAUUAAAAUACAAAUAAGUAAUGGGCCGGUGGGUGCCCUUUGGGUUUAGGCACCACACUGUGCUGCACGGAUGAGCCCCAUGGUUUCAGAUGGAAUCCAGACCGUGCCUGUGCCAGUACUGCGGCUUGCAGCCCCACAGGGCAAUGCGCAAAUGCUGAUUGCGUUGCCAAGGGCACAAGAGGGCUCAAGUCGGUUAGGGACUCUGCAUUCAUUGCUAUCUAGUGCCCCCUGCUGGCCCAUAGUGCUCCCGUGGACUGCAUAUCAAAGCCAUACAUGAAAUGUCUUCCUUCGAGUCAACCCUGUAUGAGCUUAGCUGUGAGCUGUGGUGUGAAAAGAAACAGGCUGGUGACACUGUGUGUUUCAGAGGAGAACCGUUGGUGUCUGCACUCCUCCAAAUCAGCAGUGGUGAACAUGCAUGAACACAGCUGCGGUUGUAAAUAGCUAAUUGGACAUUUCAUAUUAGGGUGGGAAUUGGACAUGUUCAGCCCCACAUUGGCCACCAAUAUUUAAAAAUAAAUAAAUGCAAAUAAUUCACAUAAUAAUAAUAUGAAUCGGAACAAAAUUGAGAUAAAGGACUUUUACUGUUGAAAACGAUUCCAUUAUGUUAAAUAAUGUUGACUAGGAUUUUUAUAGAGAGAGGACGCAUGCUGACAGUAUUCAGUUAAGAUGCUUGUGUAGCCAAUGGGGGAGAGAUCCCGGAAGUUUGUUCCUGUUUAGCUGACACUCCGAAAUGCUAUUCCAAAAGCACAUAAUGUAAUUGCUAUGGGGGGAAAAGUGGAGAAAAACAAAUUGCGCAAUAGAAAAACAUGUUUACUUUUCCAGAAAAAUUGUUGUAAUGUGGUUUUAUUACAUUGCUUCAGCUGAGAAACAUCUCACAUUGUUAUUUUGCUGGUAUAAAAGGGAGAGGACGAAUAUUAAUCUAUGUGAUGUUCAAAUGAGGUUAUGUUCAUAUUUGUCAUUUGGCUGUUGUUGGACUCUAAUCCUAAGGAAUGCAUUGGGACAUGCAUUGCAAACCUAACCUCACAAAUACAUACUAUUGUAACUAAUGAAUUAGUAACUUCUGACCGACUUCAGUCAUUCACAAAUGUUUGUACCAUGUGCAUUAGACACCAUUUGAUCACAAGAUGCAGUUGAUCAGUAGUGUUAGUUUGUUACUGUAAUGCCAGGAGUAAUAAUAUUCUGUACUGUUCAUAUAGUUCAAACUAUGGGGAAAAUGGAAGUUGUAUGUCAAACAAACUUUGAAAAUGGAAGUGUUUACUGUUUUAAAGUUCAGGCCGGUAAAGUUGUUCUAGUGCGUUCAUUUUUUGGUGCUCUGCCCAUCCACAGCUGCGUUGGCCACGCUCAGCUAACUGCAUGUCACAUGUUGUAGUAGUAGAGCUUCAGUGAAUGUGCUGCACAUUCGGUGCACAUUUCCUGCCUGACAUAUGAUUCUCACCCCUGCUGUAGGUCCUGUGUAGUCUUGUAAGUCCUCUGUCUGUAAAUUGUGUAAUUGCUCAUCUACAACAACUGACAGUACACUUAUUAGCCUAGCCAUCUGCAUCACGACUCCAAGCCUGGAGGUCCGAUUUCUGGUCUUAAUACCUCAAACUACAUUGCCCAGUCAAACAGAUUAAUCAAGGAUGGCACAUGGCUGACUAGAUAAGAUGCAUAAUGCAGAUUUUAAAGCAAUAACAACAAUGCCUAAUUUAUUAUCCAAAUUGUAAAAUGCAGUAUUAAAGCCAUUAAAAUUGUAGUCGGGAAGGCAAAUGAGGGAGGAGGAAUAGGAAAAUUUUCAGGAUUGACCAACUCCACCCUGUUCCCUUGAAUUGUGAUUACACAAUCCACAAACCCAAAUUUGUGAUGACUAUGCAAGCCAUCCCCAGAUGUGACAUUUGCUCCCUUGCAUGCGAUCACCAGCAGAACUCCCUUUCACUGCCAGAGACCUCUGCACCCCCCUCUGCUUUGGGCAAGUCCGCCAACCCUUGGUCUUUAACGCCCCCAGUGGCUGAGGAGAUUUGGGCCCAGUGAGUACGCAACACACACACAAAAUUAAGUAGACGAAAGUGCGUGCACUCCGGCUGGAUUUGUGGAAAUGUGGCCUUUUUUGGCAACUGGAAAUUUGAAUGCAGCUGCAGCCUGAUGUAUGGCUGGCGUGAGGGCUUUGGUCUUUGAGUGAGGGGACAGCGCAAGCAGCUGGGAGAUGCAGGCGAAUCGGCACACUGGAUGCCCUGUGCGGUCCUGCGGCUGAGGGACUGGAGCAGGCAGAGCGGGGACGGCGCGGACGUUAGCGCCUUGUACGCGGUUUGUCCCGUCUUCCUCUCGCACUCAACUUCUCGUUUUUCCUUUCGACGGUAUUUCAAGAAUUGGAUGUUUUGUCAUUGUUGGGUGUAUGUUGGAUUGUUUUAAUGUUUACAAGAAGCUGUGAUUUUUUUUUUUGUUCCGGAAACUAAAAAGAAAUAAAAUGUCAUUCCUAAAAGUAAAUACAAUAAAAAAGCUUCAGGUGGCGUAUUUAAUUGUUGAUAUUGACAAAGUAUCAUGACAAUGAUAGAAACUAAUAAUAAAUAAUAUAUUGAG